GGCAGCCUAUUUUUAUCGCGGGCCUGUUGUUCGAUCUCGGCUCGAGUUGGUGGCACGUCUGCGCACGACCCUACCGUACGUCUUUCAUAUGUUUUUCAGGGACUGUGUUGUUUUGGCCUAGCAGGAUGCUGGCCAGGGCGUCCGCUUUGUGCGCGAUUGUUAUCGGAUCUCUUCUGCACGCCGAAGCCGCGAAGGUGGCGACGUCGGUGCAGCUUUUCAGGAAGGCCAUCAAGGAACAGAAAUUCAUCAGGACUUCAGGCGCAGCUGCGCAGGAGACCUCCAAGACCGUCGGUGCUUCUGCCAAGACCGUUGGUGCGGCUGCCCUGGAGGUGGACAGCGUCCGGAGGGAGGCCACGCACAGCAGCUUUAACGCCGCGGCCAACGCGACCGCGGAUGGCAGCGCGGACCGCCGCAAGAGGACCCAGCGGACCGCCCUCGAGUUCGACCUCCGCGGGUACCGCCGCAAGAGAGCCGCUGCCAAGUUCGACCUCCGAGGGCGCCGCCGCGCGGUUCACGGCACGACGGAGGCCGCCGUGUCUCACAAGACGGCCUACUUCGGCAAGGUCGCGAUCGGCACCCCUCCCCAGUGGUUCGACGUCGUGUUCGACUCCGGCAGCGGCAACCUGGUGCUGCCCUCCACGGACUGCACCGGCGAGGCCUGCGUCAACCACGCCCGUUACGACCAGCAGAGAUCCACGAGCGCGCGCCGCGUUUCGUGUGUUUCCAGCGAGGCUCCGUUGCUCCCGAAAAGCACGCCAGACACGUCGCCGGACAGUUUGAGCAUCACGUUCGGCACCGGGGAGAUCUGGGGCAGAUGCAUCGAGGAGCAGGUUUGUCUUGGCAGCGUCUGCUACCCUGGCUCCUUCAUUGCCGCAAGCAAUGAGACCAGUAUUCCGUUCACAGGCUUCGAAUUUGACGGUGUGUUGGGGCUGUCUCUGCCUGAGAUGUCGCACUCGCCCGCGUUCAACAUGAUGGAAAGGCUAAAAGUGACUGAGGCGCUCCAUCAGACUAUAUUCUCUGUUUUCUUGUCUGCCUCCGAUUCGGAAGUAUCCGAAGUCACCUUCGGCAGCAUCAACACUGAGCUCAUGGCGUCAGACCUCCAUUGGGUGCCCAUCUCGCGCAGCUCGGGUUAUUGGGAAGUGAAAAUCACGGACAUCACCAUAGACAACCAUCCGCAGGAGUUGUGCCAAGACUGCUACGUUGCCGUGGAUACGGGGACGUCGGAGCUGGCAGGGCCGUCCGGCGUCAUCGAGCGGUUGGCCGACAGGUUGGACGUCAGGAUCGACUGCUCGAAUUUCGACAGUCUGCCGAGGGUGGGAUUCCUUGUCAACGACCACAUCCUGAACCUCGAGCCCAGGGAGUACGUCGGUCAGACCGCGGACGGCUGCGAAGUCUCCCUGAUGCCCAUCGACGUGCCUCCGCCGCGGGGUCCGCUCUUCGUCUUCGGGAUCCCCUUCAUGGAGAAGUUCUACACGGUCUACGACAACGUGAACCGGCAGGUCGGCUUCGCUGUGGCCAAGCACGCGGGCGAUGGCCCCAAGCACGCGGCCCUCAGCAUGACGCAGCUGGGCGCCGCGGUGACGGCGAAUUCGAGCUCGAGCAGGUGGAGCCCCUGGCGGCACCGCGGCCACAGCGGCGGGAACCUCCGCAAGUGAGUGCCCCGCCUGCGUCGGCCACCGCAUCGGCACCGAGGCAGGGCGAACGUCCAGCGUUCCUUCUCCUCCUCCUCCUCCUUCUCCCCCUCCUCCUCCUUCGCCGAGUUCCCCCCUAAACAAGUCUGGCCUUUCUCUUGGCAUCGCCCCGGCGUGUGCCUCGUGCUUCCUCGGCGAGGAUCGACCGCCGAGGGGCCUCCUGGAUCGCCUGUUAGGCGCAGGACGGCACGCGCGAAGCCGCCAAGCGUGCACGGGGGAUGGGCGCCCGAGCGACGGCAGGUCGUUCGAGGAGAGGAGAAGCUCGGGCGUGGAGGCUCGGCGCGCGGACGCCACAGCAGCACAAGCCGCCCCCCCGCCGCGGCCCGCACGGCUCCUGUCGUGCCCGCCGGGGAGGGGCGCUGGCUGCCCCCCCGCGCCGCCUCUCCGAGCAUGCUGUCCGACUGCGGGCCGCAGCAGAACAACAAAGAAGAGAGUCGCACGGCGCAUCGGCGGCCACGCUGGACUGGGACGGCUCGGGUGCGGCGGGGGCUCCUCCUCUGCUGCUGCUCCCCCGGCGCUCCUCGCGCACACCGGCGAGCCCGGGCCCAGCAGA